AUGCCAAUAAUAGAAUUAAUUCCAUUAAAUAAAGGCAAUCAUAUUAUUCUUGAUAAUACUAUCAUAACAACAAUUGGUCGUAUACCAAAUAUUGGUUGUUUAGAUAAUAAAAUAUCUCGUAAUCAUGCACAAUUAUUUAUUAAAUCUGAUGGAACAUUAUGGAUAAAACCUAUACAUCAUAAUCCAACAUUUUAUAAAACAAAAACAAAUCAAAUAGUUACUCUAACGAAAAAUAAAGAAUAUCAAUUAUAUCAUAAUGAUCAAUUUGGUCUUUUACCAAAUGAAUAUUUUUAUCGAGUUUCAAUUAAAUCAAAUGAUGAACAAUUAGAAAAAUUUUCUGAUUCAAAUCAAUUAAUAAAUUCAUCAACAAUACCAAAAUCUCCAAUUAAAGAUAACGAAAUUUUAACAAUUGAAAAUCAUGAUGAAGAGAAAUCCGAAGUACAAACUAGUUCCAUUUCAAAUACAACUCGUGCAUUACCAACUUGGAUAUCUAAUAGCUCAAUAUCAACAUCAUCAUUAUCAACACAUGAUAAAGAACAAAACAAAGAAACACCCAUCACUACUACAUCGGUUCAACAGCAAACAUAUUCGGAGAGAAAAAAGACCAAAGAAAUUGUUUACGACAAUGAUGAUGAAUCUACUCCUGUUGCUUCUUCAACAGCACAAGCUAGUACAUCUAAUGAUGUCAAUGAUCUAACUACAAAUAAUCAAACAUCAUCAACAGUUAUCAAUCCUAUUAAACGAGAACGAUGUCCAUAUGGAGAAUCUUGUUAUAGAAAAAAUUUACUUCAUCAACAACAAGCUAUUCAUCCUGGUGAUCCAGAUUGGGAUACUAAUGAAAAUAAUCAAAUUAAAACAAAACCUGAAUGUCCAUAUGGUAAUGAAUGUUAUCGAAAAAAUCCUGAUCAUUUUAUUGAAUAUCAUCAUCCUAAAAAACGAUGUAUUGAAAUUAAAACUAAACGACAUACAAGAAAACGUAAAGCAAGUGAAGAUGAUGAUGAUGAUGAUGAUGAUGGUUUACCAAAUGAAUAUGAUUAUAAUGAUAGUUUUAUUGAUGAUGAAAAUCUUGAUGAUAGUGGGUGUACUACUGAUGAAGAAGAAAGUAUUAAAUCUGAUGAUGAUAUUGAAUGGAAACCACAGAAAAAUUCUCGGACUUUUGAUGAAUCGGAUGAUGAUUCAUCAGAUGACAGUGAAAUGGAUUUAGCGAAACAAGAAGCAGCUGAAUUUAUCAAAGGUUCAACUGUUAAAAAACAUGGUCCCGUAAUUAAAAAACCUCGUAUUGACGACGACGUUAAUGAUUAA